UGAGCUUAAAAGCAAAAGCAGAGAGAGAGAGAGAGAGAGAGAGAGAGAGAUGGGGACUAAAAAUCCAUCCACUACAGAAAUAUCGGAGCCCCUCCUCUCGAAGAUCCCAGCCGUCGAUGUCGAUUCCGUUCUGUCGGAGAACAUCCCACCAUGGAAGGAUCAGAUCACGAUCCGUGGAUUGAUCGUGAGCGCUCUCCUUGGGACCCUCUUCUGCAUCAUCACCCACAAGCUCAAUCUGACGGUUGGCGUCAUCCCGUCCCUCAACGUCGCUGCUGGGCUGCUCGGGUUCUUCUUCGUCCGCUCUUGGACAGGAUUCCUUUCCCAGCUAGGGUUCUCCACGGCCCCGUUCACGAAGCAGGAGAACACCGUCAUACAGACAUGCGUCGUUGCAUGCUACGGCCUUGCUUUCAGCGGGGGAUUUGGAUCAUAUAUGGCUGCAAUGGAUGAAAGGACAUACAAACUUAUUGGAGUUGAUUAUCCGGGUAAUAGGGCAGAAGACGUUAAAAAUCCUUCCUUGGGGUGGAUGAUUGGUUUCAUGUUUGUUGUCAGUUUUCUCGGGCUGUUCAGCCUCGUUCCGCUUCGCAAGGUAAUGGUCUUGGAUUACAAGCUUACAUACCCCAGUGGGACUGCCACAGCCAUGUUGAUUAAUAGCUUCCAUACAAAUACAGGAGCUGAACUUGCAGGAAAACAAGUACGCAGUCUUGGGAAAUAUCUAAGCAUAAGCUUCUUUUGGAGCUGCUUUAAGUGGUUUUUCAGUGGUGUCGGAGAUUCAUGUGGCUUUGAUAAUUUCCCCACCCUAGGUCUGUUAGCCUUCAAGAAUACCUUUUAUUUUGAUUUUAGUCCAACGUACAUUGGAUGUGGUCUUAUCUGCCCACACAUUGUCAACUGCUCUGUUCUUCUCGGGGCAAUUAUAUCAUGGGGUUUUCUUUGGCCGUUCAUCAGUAAACGUGCUGGUGAUUGGUACCCGGAUGACCUUGGCAGCAGUGACUUCAAAGGUCUCUACGGAUACAAGGUUUUUGUUGCAAUCGCUCUUAUCCUUGGUGAUGGCCUCUAUAAUUUGAUCAAAAUAAUAGUAAUAAGCAUCAAGGAAAUCUGCAAGAAACGCACAAUUCAGAACAGUAACCUUCCUCUUUUCAAUGAAUCUCAAGAUAGUGAGAGUUCAAAGGUACCGAUGGAUGCAAGGCGACGGGAUGAGAUAUUCUUGAAAGACAGUAUUCCUUCCUGGUUUGCAGCUUCCAGCUACGUAGGCCUGGCUGCUAUAUCCACAGCAACAAUACCCAUCAUUUUCCCGCAGCUCAAAUGGUAUCUGGUUCUCAUCUCAUACAUCAUUGCACCUGCACUCGCAUUCUGCAACUCAUAUGGAACUGGGCUCACCGACUGGAGCCUUUCCAGCACUUACGGGAAGGUUGGGCUUUUCAUCUUCGCCUCAUUGGUUGGUGCCAAUGGAGGUGUCAUAGCUGGCUUAGCAGCUUGUGGGGUGAUGAUGUCGAUCGUAUCCACAGCGGCUGAUCUCAUGCAAGAUUUCAAGACAGGUUAUCUCACUCUUUCGUCAGCAAUGUCCAUGUUCAUAAGCCAGUUGGUGGGGACAGCGAUGGGCUGUGUGAUUGCCCCACUAACCUUCUGGUUGUAUUGGACGGCUUUUGAUGUGGGGUCCCCCGACGGGCCUUACAAAGCUCCCUAUGCAGUUAUAUACAGAGAGAUGGCCAUUCUCGGAGUGGAGGGCUUCUCCUCAUUGCCAAAGCAUUGCUUGGAGAUCUGCAUUGCGUUUUUCGUGUUGGCUUUGGUUGUGAACCUUCUAAGGGAUGUGACUCCGAAGAAGACUUCUAGUUUCAUUCCCAUACCGAUGGCGAUGGCAGUCCCGUUCUACAUUGGAGCAUAUUUCGCGAUCGACAUGUUCGUCGGAACUGUGAUUUUGUUCGUCUGGGAACGGAUGAAUCGAAAGGAGGCAGAGGAUUACGCAGGAGCAGUUGCGUCUGGAUUGAUAUGUGGAGAUGGGAUUUGGACGAUUCCAUCGGCAAUUCUAUCAAUUUUCAAGAUCAAUCCUCCCAUUUGUAUGUACUUUGGGCCAUCAGUUACCAGCUAGAAUUGGAGAAUUCAGCCUGUUGAUGGUGUUCCAAAUUGGAAACUCUGUAAAUAUUUAUGCUACUGUUGGGUUACUUUCUUCCUUUUCUAGGAAUAGCUUUUCACUCCAA